AUGAAACAAUCUCUGGUUUUGGCUCUGAUCUUUAACUUAGUGGGAGAUAUAGCCGGUCUGAAAUGUCACCAGAGUGAUCUUAUCCCCAUUCCUCAUGAGUGGUACCAGACAGCUGACCUCCUCAUUGGUGGGAUGGUCUCUCAGUUUAUGUAUGCGUUCAGUGAAGAUCUAUUUGAGGAAAUGCCUUCACAGGUCUCAGCUGACUUUUCUGAUAUGGUGACAAAGUUCUACCAGCAUGCCCUUGCCGUGGCCUUUGCUGUGAAGGAGAUCAAUGAGGAUCCCCAGAUCUUGCCUAAUGUUACCCUUGGAUUCCAUAUCUACGACAGCUACUAUGAUGCAAAGAUGACUUAUCGGACCACCUUGGACCUGCUUUUCAAAUCAAGGAGCUUUCUUCUCAACUACAAAUGUACUAGACAGAAGAACCUGAUAGCCAUCAUUGGAGGACUUGGUUCUGAUACCUCUUUUUACAUGGCAGAUAUCCUUGGUCUCUACAAGAUUCCACAGCUCUCCUAUGGUGCCCUGGUCCCUGGGAAGAUUGAUUCCACUCUAAUCCCUUCAUUCUAUUCCAUGGUCUCCAACGAAGCCCAACAGUACUUGGGGAUUCUUAAAUUGCUCCAACAUUUUGGAUGGACCUGGAUCGGGAUCUUCAUUCAUGACAAUGACGAUGGACAGAAGUUCCUGCAGACUCUGGAAGCUUUGCUUUUCCAGAAUGGCAUCUGCACAGCUUACAGACAAAAAAUCCCACAGCGCAUCCGUUUGGAUAACUUUGAGGAAAUGAUGGAAAUAAUAUUAUAUAUCGUUGUACCUUUAACUUGUCAGAAAACCAAGGUAUUCCUCCUCUAUGGUGAAUCAGUGACGCUGGCCCAGCUGAGGACCAUUCUAUUCAUACAAGACCCCAGAAAUAAACUAAAAGAUUCAUUUAUGAAAAUAUGGGUCAUGACAAGUGGCAUUGAUUUCACACUAUCCUUCCUGCAAAGAAGUUGGGACCUGGAUUUUUUCCAGGGUGCCAUUUCCUUUACAUUUCACUCAAGAGAUCUUCCAGGGUUCAAUAAGUUUCUUGAAGGCAUAAAACCAUCCAAGACCAAAAGUCAGGGCUUCCUGAAGGAGUUUUGGGAGCGAGCAUUUGACUGUACUUUUCCAAAUCCUGAUAUGGAAAUAGAGAAGAAUGAAACGUGUACUGGAAAAGAGAGAUUACAGGACCUCCCCGGGCCUCUAUUUGAGAUGGGAACCACUGUACAUAGCUACAGUAUCUAUAACGGUGUUUAUGCAGCAGCACAUGCUUUGAAUGCCAUGUUGUCAUCUCAGUCCCAUCAGAGAUCCUUCAGGAAGGUGAAAACUGCUGAACCUUUUGAGCUGCAACCCUGGCAGCUCCAUCCCUACCUUCAAAGGGUUUCUUUCAACAAUUCUGCUGGUGACACAGUGUCCUUCAAUGAGCAAAAGGAAAUGAGAGGUGGAAUUGACGUUGUGCACAUGGUCAUUUUUCCAAACAGGUCCUUCGAGAGGGUGAAAAUUGGAUGGAUAGAUCCAAAUGGACCCCAAGAAGAUGAAUUUGUCAUCAGUGACAAUAGGAUUUUGUGGCCUAGAGCUUUCAAUCAGGUCUGUCCCCUUUCAGUGUGUAAUGAACAGUGCCAUCGUGGAAAACACAAGAAAAAGAAGGAAGGGGAAAAAUUUUGUUGCUAUGACUGUGUUCCUUGCCCUGAAGGGGAGAUUUCAAAUAAAACAGAUAUGGAAAAAUGCUUCAAAUGUCCAGAAGACCAAUACCCAACCAAAGGAACAGAUGACUGCAUCCACAAAGUUGUAACAUAUCUUUCUUACAAGGAACUUCUAGGGUUUUCUUUGGCCUCCAUUUCUAUUUCAUUGUCUUUGAUCACUGCUCUCAUAUUAGGAAUAUUUCUUAAGCACAAAGAUACCCCUCUGGUCAAAGCCAACAACCGGGACCUCACCUACAUUCUCCUUAUCUCCCUCCACUUCUGCUUUCUGUGUCCUCUUCUGUUCAUUGGUCAACCCAAUGAAGUCACUUGCCUUCUCCGACAACCAACCUUUGGCAUCAUCUUCUCCGUGGCUGUUUCUUGCAUCUUGGCCAAAACCCUCACUGUGGUUGUAGCCUUCAUGGCUACCAGGCCAGACUCCAACAUGAAGAAGUGGGUGGGAAGAAGGAUGGCAACUUCCAUUGUCCUUUUCUUCUCUCUCAUCCAAGUUGGCCUUUGUGCCAUCUGGCUAGGAUCUUCCCCUCCGUUCCCACAGUUGAACAUGCAUUCUGUGACCGAGGCCAUCAUCAAUGAAUGUAACGAAGGCUCUCCGGUCAUGUUCUCCUGUGUCCUAGGCUACAUGGGCUUCCUGGCUCUUGCCAGCUUCUUUGUGGCCUUCUGUGCUCGCAGAUUACCGGACAGCUUCAAUGAAGCCAAAUUCAUUACCUUUAGCAUGCUGGUAUUUUGCAGUGUUUGGGUGCUAUUUGUUCCAACUUACCUGAGCUCCACAGGAAAAGCCUUGUCGGCUGUGGAGAUCUUCUCCAUUUUAGCUUCUAGUGCAGGAUUACUGGGCUGUAUCUUUUUCCCUAAAUGCUACAUCAUUCUGUUGAGACCUGAGAUGAAUACCAGGGAUCAGCUGGUAAGAAGAAAGAACUGAAGAAUUCAAUUCCUUUACUUUCUGGUAGAAUAUUGAUUAGUAUGUUUAAGAUUUUGGGAUCAAAAAUCCAUUGUAAUGUCAUUUAUAUUUCCUAAUAUUAUUCAAAUUCUUUACCAAGAUUUAUGGUGAAGAUAAUAAAAAUAAAGAAUUACAAUAU